AUCAGUUCAGCAGUCUCGUGCCGUUUUCGAAAGGAAACUGUUCCGUGCCGCAUUAUGGAAAGCAAGGUGGUGGUGAUAUUUUCCAUUUGGGCCGUACUCUUCGGUCAGCUUGCAACGAUUGUCCGGGGUGCAAAUAUACUCUACAUCAGCAGUGUCGCAUCGCCAAGUCAUUUCCUUUGGAGCCAACGGCUGUUCGAAAGGUUGGCUGAGGUGGGCCACAAUGUGACGGUGGUAAAUCUGUACAAGGAAGGCGUGGUGCGAGGUGUCCACUUGCUAAAAUUGGACGAUGUAAUUGCCGACCUUGAUUCGAAGGAAGACGAUGAGGAAGACUACGUUGAGUUUGGACAAUUGAAUCCGUUCGAAAUGCACGUGUCAUUCGCGGAAUUAGAAUUGCAGGUUUGCGAGUUGGCAAUCCGAAGUACUACAUUCAGAAGAUUGUUUGAUAAUUCGAGGAAUAGUCAGAUCGAUUUAGUCAUUCAUGACCAUUUAGCAGGACCGUGUUUGUUGGCAUUAAUGCCAGUCUUUAACUAUCCUCCUCUCAUCUUGGCUUCAGCAUAUAAUCGAAUCUCAACAACAUCUUUACCAAUGGGAACGUUAAUAUUCCCAGGAUUUAUCCCAAAUCAAGUGUACGACAUAGACGAACCAAUGAGCUUCUUCAAUCGAUGUUUCAAUGUCGUACUUUCAUGCUGGGAGAUCUUAUUCAAAGAAUUUGUAUAUUAUCCAAAGUUGGACAAGCUCGUCAAGACGGCUUUUAACCAAUCCGACAGGGUUUCUGAUUUGGAAAAACGAGCAUUGUUAGCUAUUUUAAACUCCGGCACACUUCUGGAACAUCCAGAGCCAACAACUAAAAACGUGAUCCAAGUUGGAGGACUCCACAUAAAGCCGACAAAACCCCUUCCAACAGAUUUAAUUAAAAUAAUCGACAGCGCCUCAGAAGGCUUCGUCUUGCUGUCCCUAGGAACUAACGCUCGAAGCGAUUCACUUGACUCCACCAUUCUUAUCGAAAUCAUAAGUGCCAUGAACGCUCUGUCCAACAUCACUUUCCUCUGGAAACUAGACUCGGAGAACUGUCUGCCAGUUAAGCUACCGCACAACGUCUUCACGUCAGCAUGGUUUCCGCAGAACGACCUGUUGGCUCAUCCGAAAAUUCGCCUUUUCAUCAUCCAUGGUGGAUUGCUCAGCACCCAGGAAGCGGUUUGGCACGGAGUUCCGAUUGUGGGGCUACCCAUCUAUGCGGAUCAAUUCGGUAACGUCAAUCAGCUGAUUCGGAAGGGAGUCGGACGUCGGUUGUCGAUUGUGAAUCUGAAAUCACAUCAAUUUAUUGAGGUCCUGGAUGAUGUCAUUCACAGCGAAAGUUACAAGGAAAACGCUAUGCAGCUAUCACGGCUGCUCCGCGACAGGAAGGUGACUUCCUUGGACGAUGCAGUUUGGUCCAUCGAAUGGGUUCUAAGAAAUGCCAAUACCAGUCACGUGUGGAAUCAAUCGCUUGUCAAUUUGGGAUUUUUGCAGAAGCAUUCCUACGAUGUAGUAGCCGCUUUUGUGUGCAUUUUAAUGUUGAUUGCAUCCAUUCUACUCCUUGUGAUUCUUCGUGGCGUGCAUAUGCUCAUCAAAGACAAAAAUAAAUCAAAAAUUGAAUAAAUCUAGUUUGCUACCAUAUGCAUAUUUCUGUUUCGAGUACACACCCACUAUCUUUAUUAUUUAACCAUGUUGGAAAUACUAAAUCCUAGUAAUGAUACUGUCAAACACAUUACGUUCUUCUUCUUUCUAGCCUUACGUUCCAAUUACGAUGUUUGAAACUCACAAAUCUUCAUUGCUUAUAUGACAUUACUCAUACAUACAUGUAACACCUAAUCAUUAAAUAUCAUUUCCAAUUACAUAAACCUAAUAAAAUAUUUAAAGCAGAGAUGAAUCAGCUUUUGGCUGAAAAUAAGAUAAAAAAAUUAUACUAAAGAUAAAAAAAAAUAAGAAACAUAAACAUAAUAAAGAAUAAUUUAUA